GAAAAUUCGGCCGACAUUUUAUCUGCUCCGAUGGGUCAAUGAUGCAAUUUGGCUUAGACUUUUCCUGAAGGAACGUAAAUCUAUAAAGAACGGGAGGAAGAUAAAAGUUUGCAAGCAAAUUGAGAUAGUACUUUUAUCAAGACGCUAAAUAAGUCGAAUAUAUUUCGCGUAUCAAACGGAUUGAAGCAUUAAUUAUAAUUGUGUUCUUCGUCGUAAUAAGAAAACAAAAACUGUACCUCUUCGAAGUCGGCAAGACGCUGCAUCCACUACAAUCUCCUUUCUCUUUCUAUCUCGUUCAUCAAUAAUAUUGCAACCAUGAGCUAUGGUUAUAAUAAAUACAGUUCCACCAUGAGUUCCCGUGGUCGUGGAUUUAUACCUCGUGGAGGUGGUUCUUAUAGAGGAAGAGGUGGUGGCGGAGGAAAUGAAUGGAGCAGUGGUUCAACAGGUGGAAAUAUGUCUGGCAGAGGAGGUUAUUCCUCUUCUAGAGGCGGUAGAUUUAAAUAUUCUACAACAAGCUAUGAUUCUCGGUCCAAAUAUAAUUCAGGGGGAUCGGAAAGAUAUUCAAGCAGAGGUGGUCGUGGUGAACAUUCAAACAGUUAUAAGAGACCUCGCGAUUCCUAUUCUGGAAGAGACGACCAUCGAUCAUCUAGUGACUCUGCACGUAAAAGGCUAAGAAGUGAUUCUUAUCAGGGUGGAGGUAGCGGUAGCGGCUCACAGAGGUAUUCGUCAUACGGCGGCUCGUCUGCAUCGGCGCCCUACGACGAUAAUAAGGGAUCAUCGUCGUCCGCCGUUUACGAGGACAAGAGACAGAGCGAGCGCGCAUCAUCGUACCACCGUUCCGAGGACCGUCAUUCCGCAUCGCGGAGCUACGCGCCACCGCCACCCCCUCGGAUUAGCGAAAUGGCGCCGCCCCCGACUCAGAGAUACACCUCGAGUCGUGGAAGAAUAUCGCAUCAGAGCUCGAAUUACCGGGGUCGCAUCUCGACCCGCGGCAGCAGCGGCAGAGGGGGUGCGUUUCAUCGCGUGAGCUCACGCACGGACAUCAUCAUGGCUCGCAAGCGUACUCUGCACUCGCUCGACUAUCGUCGAAAGCUGCUGGGCUCACGCUCGCGCGACUACAUCCAGCGUAUGCGCAUGACCACUACCAAAUUGCGCAGGAGUAGCGGUACUACUAGGCUACCCGGAAGUAAAAAGGACUCAGGAUCGGGAACCAGCGUGAAGGACAAGGAUAGAGAGAUGGCCAAAGCCAUAAAUGCCGAGUUUUCCGAUGACGAUGAUGAAGAGGAUGAUAAUAAGAGUAAUUGGGACGACGAAGAGAAGCCACACGAAGGUGAUGAAGAGGAAGAUAUGGAACAGGAGGAAGAGAAAAAGAAGAAGGAGGACAAACGCAAGAAAGAAAAACAAGAUAGAGAAAGAGAACAUGGAGACACCGAGGACGAAGAAGAAAAGGAUGAUGAUAUUAAGGAAGACGAUGACGAUCAAAAGAGAGAAGUGGACGAAGAUGACGACGAUGAUGACGGUGAUGAAGAACGAGAUGAGAACGAGAAAACGGAACGCGAUAGAACAGGUUCUGAAGAAUUACCGAGCAGACGGGACGGUAGAAAAUACAUAAAACUGAAAUGUCCGCAUUGCGCCCAUCAUAGCGUAACUUUCAAAGAAUAUUCGCUUCACCUGUUCUCGGGUCGUCAUAGCGCGGCGAUGAAGCGUAUCGCAGCUCGACACAAGGCGACUCUCACGCGUAUGAGAGUUGUUCAACGGCAAGAACAAAGACGUAUCGAGGCUCGUGAUGCAGCACGUGGAACAUUGCCUUCACGUACCAUGUUUUGUGCCAUUUGCAAAUUGAAUUACCGUUCCUUGAAAGCCGCCCAUCAAUUAUCCGAAUCUCAUCGUCAAAUGAAACGAUUUCUCACGCCAUUCUGCCGCGUUUGUCGUAUCCAGUUUCGUUCACCGAUGUUUUUCGAAACACAUAUGUGCUCCCUGGAACAUAUUAAGAGAAAGAGUAUACUGCGAGAAAGAAUGAAUGCGAAUGGUAGCGGCGAAGCUGAAGCUGAUUCGAGCGCACCCGAAGAAGACGAUAAGGAAGUUAAUCUUGAUAACUUUAUGACAUUGGAUUCUGUAGGCGAUGUAGAUGAAGACGAAGAAUCUAGCGAUAAAAAAAAAGAGAAAGCUGAAGGUGAAAGUUCGAGCGAAGCAGAGAAAAAAUCGAAGAACAAACAAAUGAUAAAAGUCGGUGCCGAGUAUAUAAAACGUGUCGAGGUACAAUACUGUGAAUUAUGCAAGGUAUAUCUGCCACGCAGCGAAAAUACGGAAAGGGCGCUCGCUUUACAUUGUUCCAUGCGUAGCCAUCUUAAACGAUAUGUGCGAGACAACGACGACAAAGCACUUAGACGUCAAGCAGAAAGAAUACAUUUACAAUCGUCAUCGUCUUCAUCGGCCAAUCUGAAUUCUACCAAUUCAACUGCGAUCAUUGUGUCAGAGACUUCAAAAACUUCUCCCGCCAAUUCCGAACCACAAGCAUCUACAAAUACCACGCAAGUAGUGAUUACAAUUGAUAAUAAUGGUGUAGGCGAUACGGAAUACAUCAAAAUCGAAGAGGAAAAGUCAAAUAGCAUGGAAUCAGAGAAGAAUGCGAAAGACGGUAAGAAUAAUCAGGGUGACGAGGAUGAUGAUGAUGAUUAUCGCGCACAUGGUGACGAUAAACUGACUUGGGACGACGUCGAUAAGGAUCUAGGCGAUAUUUUAAGAGAAAGCGAAGCAGGAGCAUCGAAAUCGAGCGAUGAUGAGGAUUCUCGUUAUGAUCGUUUUCGUAAUUCUGAUAAGAAGCUGCAGUCUGGAAAAGAAAAAGAAAGCGAAAAAAAUGAGGUUCUCGAAGAAAAAAGCGGAAAUAACAAGAUUAAAGAUUUAAAAAUUAAGGCUGAUAAGACAGAUAUGUAAUUGUGAAAUCGUUUUUUCUCACGAAUCUUUGAUUUGGCUCAUUUUUUAAAUUCUUUUUUCCUAAAUUAUCUCUAGACAUCUUUUUUUUAAGAAUUACAUAUUUACAUAUAUUUUUUCAAGCUAUCUUGUUUAAUCAAAACUACAUAUUCCUUCAUCAUUUACAUUUCUUACGUUAUAUUUCCAUUAAGAAUAUAUGUCAAUUACAAUGUAUCUAGUAUAUUACGAACUUUGCAACAUUUAAUUUCAAUUUAUGUAAUUUUAAUGUGUAAGUGAUAUGUUAUUCGUAUGAUCAGAGUACAGAGUUGUGAAGGAACUAUUAGUAAGAAUGUGAACAAAUAUAAUUAUAUAUACUCGA